AUAUUUAGCACCUUUUGUUUGGGCAAUUGUUUAUAUCUGAAACGUAAUAGAGAAGAGUUAAUUGAGUAGUAGGACGUAAAAUUCUGAUCACCAAAGGCCAUGAACGAAUCGGUGCGCUAUGACCGCUGUCACCAAGUGCAGCUGGGCGUCUUAAGCGAGUCGCAGGCGUCUUCCGCCGAUGAAGAUGUCCAGAAUCUACCGCCGCAGGGAACGGGCAACAUUUUGUUCACCCACGACGGCGUGCUGCUUAAGAAAGCCAGCGCAGAGCACAUUGCCGAUCUAAACACCAGUGGCUCCCUGUCCCUGGUGGAGUACUCGCGAUCCGUCGCGGAUCUUCCGCGUAGGAAACUUCUAUUGGAGUGGCAGCCAAACGACAGCAUCAUGAUCGCGGACGACAGCCAGGACCAAGGAGACUGGGCACUUGUAGACAGGAUUUCCGGUCGAACACGCACUACCUCCGAGUGCCGUGCUUUUAACACAAAGCCCACGGAACCGAGUGGCAGUGCAGCCAGUCGCUUGAGAAUUAUGCGCGCACAGCUGGAAGACUUGGCCUCCGUAGAUGUCCGUCAUCGCGGACAGACCAUCCGCUUUAUGCGCAAAGGAGCCGGUGGCAUCCACAGCGAGUUUUUCUUCCAGCACGGGAACGCAGACCUUUUUGUGCGUUCUAUGCGUGAUCAACACUUAAUCGAGAGCGCCGAGACCAGCCGCAGCGGCGGCGAAGAAUAUGCUAUCCUGACCACCGAAAACCAGAAGCUUAGAAAAACAUUUGCCGAGCUUGACAUUGGUCAGAUUAAGUCCACCCCUUUGCCACGCGAAAGCUGGCUGCCUAACAAGCUUGCCGGGUUCCUAGGCAACAUUCCAGAUUACGUACAGCCACCGUUCCAACGCUCUUCCAAAUUCCGACCGGGAUCAUUAAUCUCCGGCGAUCGCCAGACCUCGCCGGACAACUACCAGAUAAUAGGCCUGAGUGGCAGCACCAAUAGUGCCUGUUCCUCGAACGCACAAAGUCGUGGAGGUAGUGAAGACAAAUCCCCGGCCGACAGUGAACUGGAAAACCUAAAUGCUCAGGACGAGAGAAUUGUCAACAACUUGCCGGAUCGUCAGCGUGUGGAGAGAGGGCUUCCUCUCACUGAGACACAGUGGCUGGAGUUCCAGACACCUGAAGGUCAAAUUUCGGACAGCGUCCGCAUUAAGGAGAUAAUCUUCCGUGGUGGCAUCGUGCCCAGCUUACGGACAGAGGUGUGGAAGUUUCUUCUUAACUAUUACCAAUGGUCCGAUACCCAAAUGGAGCGAAUCGAACGCCGUAAACAAAAGUCUUUAGAGUACUAUAACAUGAAGGCUCAGUGGCUUGCCAUGACAACGGCUCAAGAAGCUAACUUCUGCGGUUACCGGGAACGCAAGUGUCAGAUCGAGAAGGAUGUAAAACGCACAGAUCGCUCGCUGCAAUUCUUUGCCGGCGAGGAUAAUCCCAACCUAGCCCUACUGCAGGGUAUCCUUAUGACCUACGUAAUGUACAACUUUGAUAUUGGCUACGUACAAGGUAUGUCGGAUCUGCUUGCCCCUAUUCUGGAGGUCCAGGUGAACGAGGUAGACGCCUUCUGGUGCUUCGUAGGUUUCAUGGAGCUCGUGCAUAACAACUUUGACAUGGACCAGGCGGGCAUGAAGAUGCAAUUCGCCCAGGUUCGACGUUUGAUUGAGUUCGCCAAUGCUCCGCUAUUCAAUUAUAUGCGAUCCCAUGACUCGGAUAACAUGUACUUCUGCUUUAGAUGGCUGCUGGUAUGGUACAAACGGGAGCUAAGCAACGAAGACGUCCUAAAGUUGUGGGAGUGUUUAUGGACACGUCUGCCAUGUCCCAAUUUCCACCUACUCUUCUCGGUAGCCAUCCUGGAUCAGGAGACGAAUGUAAUUAUCGGUAGCCAGUAUGAGUUCACAGAAAUCCUAAAGCACGUCAACGAACUAGCGGGAAAUGUAGAUGUUCAAAAGACCUUGCAGAUUGCUGAGGCCAUUUACCUGCAACUCAAGGCCUCAGAAACACUCCCCAAUGAUAUUCGCAGCAUCAUAGGAGAGCCACUGCUGCCAUCAGGCGUCGGGGAUGAGGCUGACGGGAGCAUACUAGAUGAGGAACCUGCCUAUUCAGACGAUGGUUUCGACGAACUGGUAAAAGAACUUACUCCUGAAGAGAAGCUUCGCCAGCAAGCUUUACUUGAAGAAGCGUGCGAGCGCUCUCUCUUUCUGCAAUUUCAUUAAUAAAAAUGGGACCGCAUCUUUUGGACGCCAGAAAAAAGAAAAGCCAAAAGCCCUUAGCAAAACAUGCGCAAAUUAUACUGCCCUUCAAUAUUGUUACUAAUAAGACAAUGUUUGGGGAAGCCAAUUAGGGGCAAAUUUUUCAGGUAGUAUACGAAAAACAGAAAAGCUUAGGAAUUCCCCGUGAAAUAUCCUUGUUCUUUUUAACUGAGGGUAAAAUAUAUCUAACUUAAAAAGAAUAUAUGUAUAUUUAUCGUGUCUAACACAAGCCUUCAGCAACCCUUUUUAGUAAGAGAAAAUAGGGCAGUGUUAUAUAGACUCAAAGUUUACUUACGCAUCAAAGCAAAAAGCGGGCCAAGUGCUUUAACUGCUGAUACACAGAUUUAUAUAUUGUAUAUUAUACAUAUUUAUACGGUUUUGUAAUUAUUGUAAGUUUAUGCCGAAUCUGAAGAGGUAAACACCACACCCCAUCCUUUAUUCUAUCACCCCUAAGCAUACCAAUUCAACAUUUUCGAUUGCUUACAUAUAUAUAUAUAGAAAUUUAAAACUUAUUGUUUAUCAAAAACUACGAGAGCAGCUUUUGUCUUUUUUAAAUUUACUCAAUUACUGUGAAUAUACAUCGAUAUACAAUGUGUAGAAGAAAUAUUUAAAUACAACACCGAAUUGCACACCA